AGAGGAAGUAAACAGUAAUCACGUUACAACCCGGAAGAAUUGCCCUUCUCUUGAUUAACGUUUGAAUAGCAAAGAAUGACCACUAUAUGUUAGGAAGAACCGACUGACGGCGGGGCUGCAGGGGUCUUCCAGCUGCUGGGGUUUACAUUUGUGUCUUAUCUGCGGUCCGGAGGUGGAAGCGGCAACGCCCUGAUGCCCUCGGGGAACAAUCCCCCCGCUCUGUUUCCACCCAGUCGGCCGAGAGAAGCUGGUUCCCCGCAGCGGCUGGUUAGCUAAACGGUGCUGCCGUGAGUGUUGUUUGGAAGUGGAGGGGAAAAAAUGGCUGAACUGCACGUCGUGGAACCGAGCGGAACAGCGACCAUAGAGCAGCCCGAGCAUCGCGACGUUCGGGGCUCGAUGCGCCUGGCGUCGCCCACUCUCAUGGUUCCCCCGCGGAGCAGCAGUCAGCUCAGCCCCGGCGGAGGCAGCGGCGGAGCCAGCGGCAGGUCGGUGUUCGGUUUCCCGCUGAGGAGCAACCCCAGCUCACCGUCGGAACCGUUGGACAAGCCGGGCUCGCGCUGGGUUCGGCUGAACGUUGGCGGCACCUACUUCGUCACGACCAAGCAGACGUUAUGCAGGGACCCGAAAUCUUUCCUCUUCCGACUGUGUCAGGAAGACCCGGACCUGGAUUCAGAUAAAGACGAGACCGGAGCCUACCUUAUCGACAGGGACCCCACGUACUUUGGCCCCAUCCUGAAUUACCUUCGACACGGAAAGCUGAUCAUGGAUAAGAACCUGGCCGAGGAAGGCGUUCUUGAAGAAGCUGAGUUCUACAACAUCGCCUCCCUGGUGAGGCUGGUGAAGGAGAGAAUACGGGACAAUGAGAACCGAACAUCUCAGGGCCCUGUGAAGCACGUGUAUCGAGUACUGCAGUGCCAAGAGGAGGAACUCACACAGAUGGUCUCGACCAUGUCGGAUGGGUGGAAGUUUGAGCAGCUCAUCAGUAUCGGCUCCUCCUACAACUACGGCAACGAGGACCAGGCUGAAUUUUUGUGCGUAGUUUCCCGGGAGCUCAACAACUCCACGAACGGCAUCGUUAUAGAGCCCACGGAGAAAGCCAAGAUCCUUCAAGAACGAGGCUCCCGGAUGUAAGGAGACGGCGAUUUGGAGCGGAGUCACAGCAUCAUCAAAAACCAUAAGCGCACACUCCACCUUUCAUCAACCACCUUUGACGGCGACAGCGAUCGGUCCGCUCCCCUCUCGUCCGGCGUGCCUUUCUACAGCGGAGGCUCUCUGACGCCUCCUCGUCUUUACCGUCGCAAGACCACCCUCGCUCCUCUUCUCACUCCUCCUCCUGUUUAACGUGAGGGAUGCUCCUCUUUGCAGUACAGGCCGCGACAACGAAUUGGUGUUGGAUCUCGUUGGAUGGAUGGACAGAAUACAUCCUCAUUUCCUUCGUCGGUUUUCAUCAGAUGGGUUGCCUCGCUGUCGGUUACAGAUUUGGAUCAGUUUCGCAGAAACUCCUCAGGACCCUCUCGCAAACAUAAAGGAAUUAAAAGGACUCUUUUGCUUUUUUUUUUCUUAGCCUGGCUGCAAACGGAGGCUUGAUACACAAGGUUUGCUCUUUACUUCUGGACUCCACGGCAGGUUGAGGUGGAGACGGAGCAGCUACUGGCAGUAUCCCACCGCCGAUGGGGAUAGGUGCAGCAUCUUCUCCGCUCAUAAAGAAGAAGAAGGAAGACACGGUUUUUUUUUUCUUUUCUUUUUUUUUCUUUUUUUAUUUGUUGCUUUUUUUCCGGCUCGGUUCGAUCCGUGAAAAUUUGCAUUAUUCCCACACAAAAGAAAAACUGCUGACUCAAAACAGACCAGAGCUCCACUAGUGCACAAAUGUGUACCGGGCAUGUGAGGAAUUAUACUAAAACCUAUAUAGUCACCAUGAUGAAAAUAUAUGAAGUUUUGAAUGCAAAUGGUGUAAUUACUGGCUUCUGUAUCAUAGCUGUCCUAUAUUUACAUAUUCCUGUGGGUGAGUGUAUUUAAACACGGAGGAAAAUAUCAAUUUUUGUUUCCACCCGUUAGUUAACUUGGGUGCGGCUUUGCAUAUGCGGUGCCUCUCUGCUUUCUGUCCAUCACUGAAAUAUCACAUUUUCCACCUCCACGUUUUCUCUUGAGCUGCUGAACCUGAACCGAAAAAAGGAAAGGAGAAAAAAAAAAAAGAGAUAGUUUUAGAGUUUAAAUGUCCUACUUUGAUCUAUUGCAUAUCUUUAAAUUGUAAUUAGGGAUGAAGAAACCUUCGCUCGUUGCCAUUUGUGCGUGAAAGCGCGUCGAGGUUCGAACCGCGGCCAGUCUGUAAUCUGCCUCAACACCUCAGAGCUCCGCCCCUGUGAUACUUUCUCACAAAUAUUCGCUGCUUCUUGUCUUCACUCCUCAGCUUGACAGCCAAAUGUUUUCUCGCAGUCUGCAGCAUGUGUAGCAACCGCGGCGUGAGUGAAACUGUUCUGCUCACGCUUACACCCCCCACCCCACAGGAACCCUGCAGUUCACAAAUGAACCCCCCAAAGUGUCUCAUGAAGUUGUUUUUUUUAGUUUUUUUUUUUUUUAUACCAAAUCUUGUGAUGUUUUAUUUCAUUGUUACGGCAGAUAUGCAACAACUUGGUUGCGGUGCGUGUUCUCUUCAAAUAUACAGGUGUAUUACAAUAAAUUAGAGUAUCAUUGAAAAGGUUGUAUAUUAUAUUGAAUUAACACACAUAAAGUUAUAUAUUUUAAGUGCUUAUUUCUGUUUAUUUUGAUAAAUAGUGGCUUGUAGGUAAUGAAAACCCUAAAUUUGGCUUCUCAGAAAAUUAGAACAUUACGUUUGACCGAUUAAAAAUAUUACAGUUAUUAACCUGUACAAUCAUGGGGAUGAGUGCUAACAUAACAGAUGUCCAGCACACCUUGCUCAUGGAAAGUAAGCCACAAAAGGAAUGUUAGGCUGUUCACAGAAUGCAUGUUUUACGAGCUUAAGGUCACUAAAUCAUUAGUGACCUUAAGAGCGUCACAAUGGGCCUUAUGUGUCUUUGUCCAGACUCUGUAACUCUAAUCUCUAAAUUAAUUACAUGAAAAUAUUCUUUGGUCCACUGAGCAUCAGUGCAGCUCUUUUUCCUCCUUAGCCAAGACAAGAUGCCUGUAGAUAAUGUCUUGGAUAUGUUGCUUCCAUUAAAUAUAUAUAUUAAAUAAUUAUAUUAAAUCUUCCAUUUUAAAUACAUGGAUGAAGCAUGCAAUAUGAAUUUCACUUCUAGAUUUAAAUGGCUGAAAAACGUUAACUUUUCAGUGAUGGUCAUAUUUGUUGAGAUGCACCUGAGUAAGAUGCUCUGUGACAGAACUGAAUUAUUAAUGCUAGUUUAUUUCCACAAACUGCAGUUUGAAUCUGAAUUGGCAAGGAUGGAAAAGUGCUUUGCUGCAGCUAUUAACUCAGCAAAAACUGAGUGCACAACAAAGCUGCAGAAGCGUUUACAAAAUUAAAAAAACGCUUUAGUCAUUUAUCAAGUUGGAAAUCCUUACAAAUUAUACGGCUUUAAGAUAAAAGUUUUGAUGACAUUUGUUUAAGAUACCUUUAUAAAGCUUAUGGUUUUGGGUGAUUUUAGAUUCUGAAACCUGACUCUAAUCUUUUGACAAAGUAUAUUUUUAAUAUAUUCAUUUAGUUUGGGUAACUGUGGAAAUGUUGUUAAACUUAACAUUUUCAAUACCAAUAAUUAGUAUCCCAAAGAUUCUAUUUGCAAUUUAAAAGAAUAUGCAAGGAAACUGUUUUUUUUUUUUUUUUUUUUUUUUGGAUUAUUCUUCCUCUAUGUCUGCUUUAAAGAUUUCUGCUUGAUGAAUGACACAAAAAAAGCAAUUUAUCCUAAAACAUUAUCCUGGUCUGCCUCACUGGAAGAGCUCGAUUGGUAUGAAAUUCUUAGUUUAUUUAAAAAUAAAGUUUAAAAAUAACUAUAGUAUCACUAUUUACAGAAAGAUUUGAAGAAAACAUGUAUAAAUGGAUCUAAUUCUUUUACUUUUUCUUACAUAAAACUAUAUCUAUACCUAAUGCUGCAAAACUGACAUAUUGAUUACUAUAGGUGUACAAAUAGUUUAACGUUUAUUUUUUUUAUUUUAAAGCACAGACUUAAGCUUAACUUACCGUAAUAGUAGUUUUGAAGUAAAUGUGCAUAUUUUGCAGAAUGUCAUUGUUGUUCUGCUUUUCAAGGGAAAACGAAGGCGCCUCCUUUCAGCCAACUGACCUGCAUUUAAACAGCAACAUGUGGGGUAGGGGCCGCGCUCUGCUCUGCUCCUUACAGCAGGAGAGAACUCGGGUUAUCUCUGCACUUUUAUCUAGAAUCUCAUUAAACUGUAACAAAAAAAAGAAGAAGAAAAAAACGAUACAGUGAACCAUUUAUGCCUGCUUGAAACAGUGACUUUUUCAAGACCUCCGUAUACCUUGAUAAUGGAACCGGCCCAUGCCUGCUCCCUAAAGCAUAGCAUCACCCUUCUGUAACACAUUUCAGCUUUUUAAUGGCGAAAUUUAACGAAACGUUUCAUACAUUUUAUUAACAUAUAUGGGGGAACGAAAAAAGAAAAUUAUUAAUAUUUUAAUAAUUUCUGCUUAAAGAUUCUGGAGGUUCCACUCUUUACAUGAUAUCACAGAUACUUAUUACUAUUCAUUGCCUUUAUAUCUCAUCCUUUGUAUGAUAAACAUAUUUAUUGGACUUAAAUCAAGCAUGAAGAACAAUGAUGCAUACUGAUGAGGAAAAAAACAACAACUAUUUUUGUCAUGCUUCUUGAGCGUGUUCAGUAGAGCCUCAGAGCCAAAACUUCGGGGCAACUUUUUCUCAUUUUUCUUCUCUUUCUUGAGUGUGUAUGUGUGUGUUGUGAAGCUAUAUUCUACUGACGGUAGUUAUGAGCAGACAGCCCGCUGCUGAAAAUACCCAAAUAUUUCAGUAAGGAGCACUUGUUUUCUUGUUAACUAGGUCCUUUGCAGAGCACCUCGGCUGCUGCUCUCCUUCAUCUGUGUUCAGUGUUGUGCCUUUCACCUGUGUUGUGCACAGUUGUACUCCCCUGUUAUGAGACGGCGCCUCUCAUACUGUUAAAAAAGCCAGGAUGCUCCUACCUGAUCUAUAGUGUGUGCAGUGUUUUUUUUUUUAGCCAAACAAAACUCAUUACCCCUUGCAGUGUCGGUUUCUGUUUUAGGCAAUAUGGCUCUCAGCACUGGAAACCCUUCUGCCAAAGGGCGGCAAAAGCAUUAAAGCAACUCGUCAGCUGUGCCCCAAACAUAUUUACUGUUGUGUAUUUGCAUGUCGAGCCAAUGGAGAUUGAGUACUGCCCUGUUUUAAAGGACAAUUGUAAGCCCUUGGAGAAAACAUGUUUGGUUGAUGAUGUUGAAAUUUGGCUUCUGGAGCAUUUGAUGCAUUUUUUUUUUUUUAAAUCAGGACAGUUUUAGAUAGUAUUAUAAAGAAUGUUCAAACCUGGAUUGAAGUAUUUUAAAUGUGCUUUCAGAAUUGUGUAAUUAUAAUCUGGUUUUGGAAAAGACCACA